AUGCUGAGCGUUCGGUUUUUGCUUCUGACAAUAAUAUUUUGUUUCGGCCGUCAUCAUCUCGUCAUCGCCGACAAGGGUAAGUCUGCCUAUAAUAUUACGUUCUAUACUCGGAUAAUAUUUUCCAACGAUUUAUCGUUAUCGUCUAUUGUUUCGCUUUAUCGAGUCCGAGUUGCGCGGAUAAAAUGCUAAUAUAUUCGUAUUCCACUUACCGAAUUUAUUUUCGUUUUUCCGCCGCCGCGGAUCCGAAGAAUUUGAUGAGAAAUCAAAAAUUCUACACAAAGCAUCUUCGCGAAAUAUUACAUAUUGUAUAUACGCGUCAAACGAUAUAAAUCCUUUCAACGUACCAAUAGAGAAUAAAAUAUUUGAAGUAACGUUUCUAUAGAUUGAGUUUAAAUUUUGUAUUUUAUGAGUUCGUCACGAAAAUCAUGAACAUUCAAUAUUAUAAAGGUUUAUCGAUUUUUACAUUUAAAAGUUAUUUUCUGUACGGAUUAAUUUAUGGAAUAAGUAAUGUAUUGAUUUCUGCACAAUUAUAAUAUGUUUUUUCUGGUUAUUCCAAGAUUGAAAAUUUUGAGAUUUUUCGAUUAAAUUUAUGGACAACGAUGGUUGGUAAGUUUCAUUAGAAGCAUUUGGCCAUGUCAAAUAGUUUUAAAUUGAUGUGUGCCUGGGAACAACUUUUUUUUUUUUUUAUCAAAAAACGACAAGGCAAUUUGUUUUAUAGCAUUUCAAACCCAGUAAAUUCGCCUCAUUUGAGACGUUCACUCUUUAAUUCUCCAAGCAGUUUUCAUAAUAGUUUGGAAAAAUGAGGAAAAACGAACAAACUUACUGCAAUAUGGGUUUCAUUAUUUUCGAUUUUUAUCAUAUUAUAUUUAUAUUCGAAUUUUCUAGACGUAGUCGAAUUUUGAAACCAUUUCAGUGAUUUUUUAUUUAUUUAUAGACAUUUGUCAUUUUUGAGUUUUUUGGUUUUUAUUUUGUUUUAUAUGAAUAAGAUUUGUAUGAACGUGCAGAAAUGUUUGAAAAUUCCACACGAUAUUUAUCAUAAGUUUUAUUUGGUUCUGAAAGGAAGUCGUGCGUAAUGUAAUAUUUUUUUUUUUUACAAACAUUUUAAGUUCAAAUUGUAAUUAAAAUUGUAAAAAUAACGGCAUUUUUAAAGGCGUUUAACCGUACUACUUUGCUCAGAACCGUAUUUCGUUUGAUUUAUCGUUGUGUAUGAAUAUAAAUUAAACAACUUUAUGUGUUUUACCUUCCCAACCUCUCAACUAUACAACAGUGGCACAUCUAUUAUCAGCUCUUUUUUAAAUCUUGAUUAUAAAUAGGAAAUUACGGUAGAUUUGCAAUAAAAUAUGUUAUGUCAAUAAAAAAAAAAAAAAAAAAAAUAAACAACUCUAUUUACUCCACCGCAAAACUCACUUAAAAAGAAAAGCAAUAUACCCAUACAAAUAAAAUCGUUUUAAAUGCUGGUGAUUUUGACAAAAGUUAUUUUAUUUUAUUAUUUCAGUAUUUCCAAAAAAAAAAAAAAUAAUAACGCUAUUUUACUAGAAAUAAAGUGCCUAUCGUGUGCAAAUUGCGCACGUAUGCGAUGUGCUACAACGAAAAUAUUAACUUGAGAGACAAAACAUAGUAUUCCAACACUGCGUAUACAACAUGGACCAUAAUAAUAUUAAUUAACGUAGUGACAUUUUACAUUUCAUUGUUGACGUAGGCUCUUAGUUUCAUAAUUACGUCAUGAUUUUAAUUGGUUACGAUCGACGCCUUAAUCAUAUAAAUAGUAGGUACAUGCCUACAUUUUGUUCGAAUCGUCAUCGUAACCGGACAAUCGUAUACAAGGUAUUAUAUAAUGCGGGGGUGUAUUUAUGCGGGAGGGAAGGCUACAACCAUCGACAUUUCUUGGGAACAGCAUUUUUAAAUAAAAUUAGGGCGUGUUUUGGGAUGUCGGAACGGUGUUUAUUCGAAAAAUGUUCCGCCCUAUCUCCUUAAUAAAUACACAAUAUUCAAACUGAAUAGUUAUAAUGUUUUAAGUGUGAAUAUAGUCAUGAUUUCAUAAAAAAAAGUAAAUAUAUAUUUCAAAAAAUUAUACUUUUGAUGGUUGUGCAACUGUUUUAUGAAGGAAGAUAGAAGGGAGGAUACAUUAUAGACUGAAAAAUAAUUUAAUAUGUAUCUGUAUGUGAUGAUAAACCAUUGCUAACAAAAAACGAUUCUGAGCAAAAUAUUAUUACAACUAAAUAGAUUAUAAGUAUUUAAGUAUUAGAUCAAAGCAGAGUAUUAGUAGGACAUUAUUAUAAUUUAUAGUCGUUCAUUCCCUUGUUGCUAAGGUAACCCAGUAAUCAACAAAAAUUGACCAGAUUUUCCCAUUUAUUAAAAACAAGUUAGGAAAACCUAAUCUGUAAGCAUGCAAAGUUUCCUGGUUUUUAAACACGUCUUAAACAAUAAACUAUAAUUCCAUAUAAAAUUUUGAACGAAUUUAGUAACUUAUGAUAUUAUGUUUAUAUAUUUUUGUGCAUAAAUCUAAAUAAAUUAAAAAAUCUUAAUUUGUAAAUAGUUGACAGGACAUUUUUUAAAUUAUUUUAGUACUAUUUACAUAUUUUAGUAGUUAGGUAUCUAUUUUUUAAUAUUGGCUAGCAUGAAUGUAUCUUUAAAAUAUUCAUGUUUAAAUUAAUAAUGAUAAUAUGAUAGUAUAUGUUAUGAGGACAGCUGGUUUAUGUGAGGAUGAUGUGGGGAUCGGGUUAAGUAGAAGCUUAGGGAGAGUGUAGCCGAUCCCAAAUAGUUGAGAUAAAGACGAAGGUGAAGAAGAACAUUGUGACGAAUUUUUGUAUUUAAAUAAUACUAAUAAUGUUACGAACUACACACAUCAACAACCAUAACUAUGCACUAUAGCAACUAUACAGACGGACGGAAACAACGUGGAUAUAUGGCCCUUAAAUUUGUUUUUUAGACAAGAAUUCUCCAAGAAAGUUCGUAUAAAGUUUUCGUGAAAAAGUUGUUUAUAAACACACACAAAAAAAAACUCAUAAUCAUAUCAAUGCAAUCCUCAACAGACCCCCCCCCCAAAAAAAAAAAAAAUAGCAUUUAUCAAAAAAACAACCCUGUAUAAUUUAUACUAUUUACGUUAUCGAAAUCCUGCCUUUUUUUUUUUAGAAAUUUGAGUGCCUUUUCUAUACGCUAUAUACAGAGUUUAUUUUUGAAACGAUAUUAUAUUAUAAUAUAUUUGACCGCCGUCAUUUUGUGAGGAUAUGAUGUUGGCCAGAAACGGCAGAAAGCAACCGUAUUGACGCGGUGUCAAAGAAUAUUUCUGUAUCGAAUUUCGUAAAUACCAUUUGAACACGUUUCUAGAACCCACUAUCCGGUGGCUUAUGUGUAACGAAAAACAGACGCCGCGCCGAUCCGAAAAGAAAAAAAAAACACGUGUUAGUGUAUAGAGUGCCUAUAAUAAGUAUAAGUCGUAUAUUAUAAUAAUAUAUUAGGGUAGUGUUAUAGUUUUUUUUCCUCUCUCUCUCUCUUCUUUACUCUUCCCGCAAUAUAUAAUAAUAACCGUGGACCAUAAAUGCCGAUAAUAUAGUUUCUGAAGUACAAACACAUUGGAUAUUAUCGUAGGUAUCAUAUAAUAUUUGUUGUGAUACACACACCACCAUCAGCUGAAACAGCAAAAGGCGAUUAUGGAGAUUUCCUGAACGCGCGUGUUGUUUAAACAGCUAAAUAAUGGGACGCGAGCGACAGACACCGUAAGGUUAUUUCCGACAUAAAAACUAUAUGUGUAUAGGUACAGUAGAUAGGAGGAGGACUGCAGCAGGCUGCUAUAUAGCAAACGAAAUCCGAGACAAAAUAUCACUAACGAGACACAUUCGUAUGACUAUGAGCAUCAGACCAAGACGUUUUUAAUCGAAAAAAAUCAAGAGUGAUAAAUGCAAAUUUUUUACAUUGUGGGAUAUUUUAAAGUAUACCUGUCUAAUAUACGAGCAAUAUUUUUGUUUGUGUAUAUAAUAUUAUGUACUUUUAUCUCAAAAGUCAGUAAUCAAGAAUAGUUUCUGUUAAGGGGUACUCGUACUUAGACAGUGUCCUCGAUUUUCCUCAUAAUAUGAAAACUAAAUUUGAAAAAAAAAAAAAUUCUGGAUUCUCUCAUUGGUUACACGGAUAAAAAACAAAUUAUUAUAUUACUUGCAUUGUUUACUCAAAGAAAAAAAAACCGUAUUUAAAAAAUUCUUGUUUCAGCUAUUAUACCAAUGAACAAUUUCAACAAUAAAUCGUUAAAAAAAAAAUAUAAUUUUAAAAUUGACUAUUUACGAAACGCUGCUCUAUGUAGAUAGCCGUACGUGUACUGUAGAGCCCGUGCAAAGUUCAUCGGUCUCCCGGUACUGUUUUAUAUUAAAAUAAUACGAGCGCAAAUAAUAUUCUGGCGACGAACGUUGUAUUUUAAUACAAAAACGGUUAUUUUGGACAGGAAGUGCAUUUUUUAUAUACUAUAUUGUCGUACUGCACACGACCGGGCGGUAAUAAAUCACGUCGUAGGACCACGUACGUUGCGCCGUCGUCGUCGGUUUCUUGAACGUUCCCAUCGCAUAGGAUCCUCCGCAUAGGUACACGAAUUGACACCGCGAACGUACCUACACGUUAUCUAUAUGAAUAUUAUGUUAUGCGAAAUAUUGAAAUAUGUUGUUUUUUUUUUUUGCAUGUGACAGCCAAGUGUUGUGGACGCGUGAGCGGUAACUGCAAGAGAGCCUGCGAACAAGUGAGUACAUCAUGAUAAUGAUAUUAUUUUUUGAACGUAACUUGAAUAAUAGUAUGCUCGGAAUAGUAACGCGAUAACACGUCACACGACGGAUAACGAGGGGAACAGCGGUAUUUAACAGUUUUGAGUUUUUUUGCAAAUAUACGCACGCACGCACACAACAGGGCGUACACAUUCAUAUCCGUGUACUUAGACGAAGUAAGAUUAUAAAAAAAUACGGGGGAGCAGACAAGGAGCGGUAGAUGGUGACCAGUGGGCCGCGGCCGUUGUCGUAUUGGAAUCGCCCGCUAUACCGGCGCACUUGUUUUGACAACCGACCAAGUUUCGUGCGCCAUGAAUUAUUGUUCGCGGCGACAACAUUGACAACGACGACGACUGGGAAUAUAUAGUAACGUUUUGCCAAGACACGUCCGAUUUCGUAAAAUGUAUUUCGUCCGUUGCGUACCGCAUAUGUUUGCCAGUACUUUCCCGAAUACGGUUCGCCGCGAGCGCGGUAAAUAUUUCUCACUCCCGUUCACGCACUGCACAACGUCAAAACACCCCGGUACACAGCGAGUAUAUAAUAUUAUUAAAUUUAAAGUCCGGGGUUCGGGACCAAUAACGCUGAAAUUCAAAUUAUCAAAAACGCGUCAUUGGAUAAUGGGAACGGGUGCAGCCACUGUUAUAGGUAAUUCAAUGUGUACCUGUAAGCAACGACAAACCAUUACUUACGAAAAAACGAUUCUGAGCGGAGUUCAGAUGAUAGUGAUGCUUUGUCAACAAUAUAUACGCCAUAUUAUAGUAAGAUAAUAAAAAAGCCUUUAUAUAUCUUCUUUAAUAAUAUUCGUUUAAUUUUGUACCGGUUUUCUUACGUUUUUCCCGGUUUUUCACAUUUGUUGAGAAAACUCCGGACAAAAUCAACAAACGACAUCUCUAAAGUAUCUCCUCGGUGAAAUUUUCAUUUAGAAAUGUUGCUUUCAUUAAAAUUUGGAACAAAAUUGCUGGGAGAAUAGUUGUUCGCAGAAUAAAAAAAUCGUAAUAUUAUACAAAUAUAUUUCGUACAUUUUCCGGGUUUUUUUUUCAGUUUUUCGCAUGAUGAGAAAAUUCUUGAAAAAAUCGAAAAAUGACCUCCCCGUAGUACCUACUCACACAUUUUUUUUUUCAAAAAAGGUGCUACACGUAAAAAUCGAAGCAAGUUUUCUAGUAAAAAAGUUAUCCAUAGAAAAAAAUUAUAGACGUCUUUAUAAAACCAUAAGCUUCGCUCCACUAAGAAUGUAAAACGAUAUCGUGAUAAACUGUAAUCUCUCUAAUUAAUAAACAAAAACAGGAUAUCUCAUCAAUCCGAAAGCGUCUCACAAGUUAAAGAUGCAUAAAAAAAAACAAAGAUCAAUUAGGUUUUACUGUGGUUAAACAACUAGAGGUGUGUUGGCGACUUUCUGAUGCGCUGCAGAAUGUGUCAUAUGGUAGUGAUUUUAUCAAUUUCCGAACCUAACAUAGAAAUCGGAUGAUACAAAUCUCACUGACAGCUGAGUUUUUCCAUAAUGUCAUCAUAGCGUCAUAGGUAUUAAAAUUCCUACUCUAUGACCAUAUUAUAUAGGCAUAGGAUAAUAAAUAAGUAAAACGAUUUUUAAUUUCAAUUAUAAUGCACACAUAGAUACAACUGAGAAAAGUAAGUUAAAUUGUUCAUAGUUGUAACGGUUUUUUUUUUUUUUUUUUAAAUUACCGAAUAAACAAACAUAACACAUUUCUGUAGCAAUCUGCUAGAUUUUAUAUCAAGCCAAAAAAAUAAAAUAUAUCUAAUAUAGGUGUAUAAUAAAUGCUAGAAGUCCCGAACCCACAAUGUUGUAUUAUAAUGGCAUUGUCGUACCCUCUAAUCCAUUCGUUGUUUUUCUCAUCAGCGUGUAAAGAAAACACUAGAAAAACAAUAAAACAUGUCCAGACGACAGGUGUGCGUACAAGAGAGUUCGUAUUCAUGAAAUAUUAUGUUUAUGAAAUACACAUUUUUCGCACGAUUGUUGUCAUUCAAUGAAUUGCGCGUUUUAACGCCUUAUUUGAAUGACUGCUGACAAACAAAACAAGUACAUGCUCGCGUUAUUAAAAAAAAAUUUUUUUUUCUUUUCCAUUAUGAUUUUAACGUGAUUUUCGACACUUCUCGGAUUUGUUUAUCCGUUUAUUUUUUUCGAAUUUAUUUUUGAAAUUUUGCUGCACAACAUAUAGUUUCACUUAUUUCGUAGUUUUUUCAUUAACUUUUCAAUGGAAUGCAUAAUAAUUGUAUCGACUUAGGAUUUUCCAAGUUAUUACCAUAAAAUAAUUUACUUAACUAAAAAAAAUAUUUUUAAUUUCAAUUUUAAAUAGCAAUAUACGCCAAUAAUAUUUAUCAUGCAAAUUUAUAGGAAAAUAGUGCGUUUUAGAAUUGUCAUUGUCAUGAUGUUAAUUAUUUGUAUGAACAUCAAAAAAUUGAUACGCCCUUUUUUAAUAUAAUUAAGAAACGAAUAUUGUACGGGUACAUCUUUAUUUUUUACAGUAAAUUAUUUGAAGAUAAGAAAUAAAAACAUGAAAACCUAAAAAAUAAUUCGAAAAAUAAUGAACAAACUUAUAGUUAAAUUACGGUGCAACGCAGUACUGUAUUUAAUUUUAAUUUCAUAGGUUAUAAUGUCAUAUUCCGAUUUACAAUGUUUUUAUUAUCCUCGUAAUUAAUUUUAGUUUGGUGGGCAAAACGAAGUUUAUUUUAGUUAUAUAAACUUACGAGUCAAAUAAAUAAGUUAAAUCCAAAAUAAAACCAUAACAAAUAUUUAAUUGCAUAAAUAUAAUUUUAUUCGCAUUAUUACGGGCAACGGAGUAGAUAUGUGAUGGUUUUAUGAAAUUUUAGUUGGUAUAGUACUUAAACAUUUUCGGUCGAGAAAGUAAUUUCGGUGGGAGGGGGGGCAUUUGGUGUACUGUAUUCCCCUUAUACGUCAAUAUACCUGAGACCCUACAACCGAUGAACAGCUAAAGAAAUACGUUCGGUGAUAUUGCGUUCUGAAAUAGGAGUCAUAAAAUAAAAUACAUUACAUAAUAUUCCACUUUCUGCUAUACAAUUUUGAAUAAAAUGUAUACCUACUCGCAAUUGCGUAACGUAAGUCAUAUAAGUCAAUAAUACUGACAAUAUUUUAUAUACGCCGAAUAUCCGUCGUAUUAUUGUGUGUUCAUACGAAUUGAAUACGAAAAUAUAAAAUAAAACCGUUUUAUUUAAAAACAAAGAGAAAUCUUAAAAAAGUAUUGAUUUUUUUAGUAGGCCCGUCGCACCAUAUUAUCCUCAAUAGUACUCGUGAUUAUUAACAAUAAAAAUACUAUAUCAUUAUUUUCUAUAAUAUAAUUAUUUUCAUUCCGAUUAUAUUAUUCGUGCGCUGAGACUUCCUAUUUGUAUACUUACUUUUGUAUUCAAACAACGAUAUUAUGACGUUAAAAAAUAGUCUUUAAAAGACGUUUGUCUAAACAACUGAAUUAUAUUAUAUAAAAGACUAUUAUAAUACUAUGCACCUUGCAUAAACGAUCGUACACCCAGUGUACAUAUUGCAUACAAGCCGGCCAGAAGUUUUACAACCCUUUCCGUGCUGCAUUUUAUAGCGCUGGAACAUAAAACUAUCAAGAAUUUUAUAGAUAUCUACCGCAUUAAAAAUGUUUAUAAUAGCCAUUAUUCGCUCCCAUUUUUUUUUUCUUACUGUAUGCGUGUAUGCAACCUACUUUCAAUGCACCUUAAACGUUUGUCACUGACCAAUUAGAUAGGUAUAAGUAUAAUAUUAUAUUAUGUUUGUUCGCAUGCUAAAUUACUGAUUUUAAUUCGGAUCGUCAAGCUCUCGUAUAUAGUUAAUAAAUAAAUAAAUAAAUAAAUUUGUAUAUUGUUAUAUAAAUUGUUUCGAUACGUGCACGUGUGUAUAGAUAUUUUCAGUGCAAAGAUUAAUGAACGUGUCAAAUUUUUGGGCAAAACCCAAAAAGUAUAGGUGGAAACAGCCCAAAUAUUUUGAGAAAGGGCUUAAGUAUUUCAUAAUAUUGAUUAUGAACACUUAUAGUAUUUAAUUGAUGGAGAUAUCAAGUCUUAAGGGUAAGUUAUGUUAUUCCCCAUCGACGUUAAAAAUAUUAACGCAGAAUUGUUAAAAAGUGGACCUUAAAUAAUGCCAAUAGUUCCCACUAAGUUUAUUUAAACAUUUUUGGAUGUAUUUUAUAAAGUUCGGUUAACAAUGUAACAUCAACUUAUUCACAACUCUGAAUUUAAGAAUUCUUAUCGCUUCAUUACAUCGAUCAGGCUAAUUGUAUUCCUUAGCGCAUUUUAUUGUAAAUAAAACAUCCGGCGUAUACAAAUCUUUCUAUUAUCAGUUAUUAAUUUGUAAAAUUGUAUAGGAAAUUAUUUACCAAUCAAUUCUUAGGACGAUGGCCGAUGGGACAGUGAAACGUUGUCGACCCGAGUAUAGUAUAGAAGUUAACGAUAUUAAUAGUGACGGCAGUUCCUACGAAGUUCCUACACAACCUAUAUGUGAAUAUUGUAAUAAUAACGAAGUGAUGUAUUGCUAAUAAACGGUUUGAGAAAAUCGGUGGUGAGAAAUUCUCACUGAGAAUUAAUCAUAAUACGAUUGAUCGAUCGUUAUAAAAUAUUAUGUCGUAUAGUAAAAUAAUACGUAGGUACAGUAUGCUGAGUGGGGGGCAAACUUUUUGUGGUAGAGAUUUACACUAAGAAUAUAUUUUUCCUUUGAGAAACGACUUCCCAACAAAAAUGUAUAAUUAUAAAUACCUAAUAGGUAUUCAUAACAAAUAUAUAUGUACAAAUAAUAAAACUAAAAUAUAUAAUUAAUUAAUGUUUUUGAUCAUACUUUUAUUAAGACUGAUAUAAUAUUUUAAAUACAAUUGCCAAUAUGAGUGCUGUUGAAUUAUAUGAUUUGAUAAAUAAAGCGGAAACAGCAGAAUAGGAAAAAUAAACACGAAAUAACAUAUAUAAAAAUAAACAUUUUUUUUUUUUUGCUUUUUAGUAUUUCGGCCAUUGUAUAAAAUGCCCCUGUAUUUUAUACAAUUUAUUAGGGUUAUUUUUUUUAUCAUGAACCAGCAAAUAUCUGAGGUUUUUAAGUGAAUUUGAUUUCUGUUUUUUCUAAUCUUUAUAGAAUCGUUUAAGCUUUAUUUUAAAACCAUUUUUAAUGUUUUUUAAUGUUAUACCCCUAUUCAAUAUAUCUUAAAUAAAUGCAUACUUUUGAUUUUCGUAGGUAGGUAUUACCCUUCUCUAGUCCUCCAGUCUAAAUUUUAAACUUUUAUAUCUCAUAAACAGUAAAUCUGAUAUUAGUGUUAUGCAUAUCGACAUUUUUGGAAAAAUAUUCUCUAUUCAAAUCUGUGUUCAAAAAGGGAAGUUCCUAUUUGAAAAUCAAAAGUAUUUUAAAAUAAAGCUUAUAAAUGAUUCCAUAAAGAUUAGAAAAAACAGAAAUCAAAUUCACUUAAAAUCCUCUGAGAUAAUUGCUGGUUCAUGAUAAAAAAAAUCACCCUGUAUAUGCCUCAAGGCACAGAAAAUGUCUUAAUCCGGCACUGGUUCUAUCGAGAAAUAAUGUAUGCAUUAUAAUAUAAUCGAGUAGAUACAAAAUAUUAAACUAUCAUAAAUCGGCGUAGAAAACCGAUCGAACGCGGUAGAUUAUCAUCUCUGAUUCUAAACAGCUGUCAAACGCAACAAGUAGUAUAAAAUUAACAUAUUAAUAUACCGCGUAAUAAUAUUAUAUUAUAAUGUAAGGUGACAAUUACUAUUAUCUCACAUCAAAAUUGAAAAAUCCAUUAAAAAACACACUCAUACACACAUACACACACGCGCGCCCGUAUUAAUAUUCAUCGCAAUCAUUUACAUUGCCACCGAGUUUCGGAAAACAUAUAAAAGCGUCUACCUAUACAGUCAUAUUAUAAUAAUAUGACUGCAGUGAUAUUCUCAAACAAUCGAAUAUUAUAUUUUAAAUUUAAAAAAAAAAAAAAUGACCGUUUUACUUACAUUUCGUGCAUUUUUAAUAAGUAUUUAUAUGCACACAACGCGGCGUUUUUAUUCUUCAUUCUUAUAAACCAGUAAACAAGUAUCACGUCGUUAAAAACGAUUUUUUAAUUUUCUUUAUACAAAAUGGUAAAAAUAUUGUAUUAUUAUACGCCGUGAAUUAUAAUUUUUAUCGAGGUUUUUAAACAUUUUUUUUUUCUUACACGCAUCCGAUAGAUGGUCAAAUUGAAUGCGCACGCACGUAAUCGUAUAUAUAUAUACUAAAUAUUUUAUUCUACACGCCAUAUUGUUAUGUAAAUUUUUGAAUAUUUUUUUUCGUUUCCUAUAUGGUAAUCUCUUCGCCAUAUCAUUGGAUACUUUAUGUAAUAAUAUAAUAAGCAUAUUAUACUAUUUAUGUAUCCCCGAUUUGGCCAAACUUUUUUGUUAGGGAUCUACUAAGAAUAUAUUUUUCCUUUGAGGAUCGACUUCCUAACGUAAAUGUAUAAAUAUAAAUUACUUAAUAUACAUGAAUAAUAAACGUACGUGUAGAGCUAAUAAAUAAUAAUAAAAUUAAAAUGUACAGUGAAAUACCUAAGUUUUUCAUCAAACUUUUAUUAAUACUGAUAUAUAAUAUGGUAAAUACAUUUUUCAGUGUAAACUCUAUUGAAUUGUAUUACUUAAUUACAAAAUCAUGAUAUAAAAGAUAGAUAAAAAUGAUUAGCAAUUGUAAUUUAUCUACUAAUUAUAUAAAAAUAAGUUCUAACAAAAGGAGAUCGACAUGACGAUAUUUAAACUGUCCGUGAUCCCGAUCGACCGUUUGGCAACCUCUGAUGUAUCCUCCUUUUUGUACACAGUGUAUUUCACUCAAAUAGUAAUACGAAUGGUAUUUUAGUCUGAUGGAUUUAGAUUGAAACGAGGUUUCAAAUUAAGAGUAUACCGAAAUACACAUUCUGAUAAAAUUUUCGCAAUUUAGUUCUCGUGAUGCAAAACUUACUUUUUCUCAAACAUUGUCGAUUCAAAAUGUUUAUUUUUUUUAAACCUCGAUAUUCUUAAAAAAAAAAAAAAACCCAAUUUCGAUACAAAGUCACCCGGUUGAAAUAUUUCGUAUUAUCAUUCGAGUGAAACGUACUGUAUAAUACAGUUCAACUUCACAGAGAUGUUUCAAUUUUUUUUCCCCGCCUAGUUAAAGUCAGUGUGCUACAGUGUACAGUGUACACUGUGUUCGAGGCAUACGCGCAGUGUAAUAUUCGGCACACAUGUCCGGUUCUGCACGUGGGAAUGUGAAAUGUGCAGCGACUGAAAAAACAUAAAAUAUUAUAUGCAACACGUUUUUCACGUGUAGGUAUAUACAGUCAACACUUCUACAGGCAACCGAAAAAUAAUGUACGCCUUCCCCGUGAGUACGGUAUCUUACUUUUAUUUUAUUUUUUUUUUUUUUUUGUACUCCUUGGUUAUUAUGCUCUAAUAUUUGCGUAUACUCUUGUAAUAUUAUGGAAAUCCGUAUCAUGUCAAAUGUUAUUAAAUAAUAAUAAUGCGUUGUUUUUCAUUUCGUAUUUUAAUCCAUCAUAUUAUAUAAUAUAUGAACUGCGAUAAAACAAAUCAUAAUAGUUUACCAUGUAAAUAAUUAAUUAUUACCAUUUGAUUCGUGUAAACUGCAUGACUCGCACUAAAGUUGUACGAUGAUUAUGGUUUUUCGAACCGGAGAUUAUUCGCUACCCUAACAAAACGUAAGGUAUACGUACUAAAUCGACGAAAUUAUAUUAUAAUUAUCUCAUUUGAAUUAAACAUUUUUUUUAACGAUAUCAAUUAAAUCCUAUUAAAUUAAAUUAAAUAGCAUAAUUAGUUCCGUACACGAGAUUUAUUUUUAAAAUAGAUUUUCGUAUAUUUAAAUUGGAAGGGGAACAUUUAUUUUAUUUUCACCCUAAUAAACGUCAACGCAAUACGUAAUUAACGUGUUUCACGUGGACCCACAGGACUUGUAGAUUAUAAUUAUAAACAUUCUAAGUAUUAUUAUACAACUUGAUAUUGUAUACGUUAAAAAUUAUAUUCCGUUUCAAACACGGUCGAAAGGGUGUAAUGAUAUUAUAUAUAUAGGUGUUGGUGUUGUCGUUAUUAUAUUUUUUAUUUCAUUGUAAUCGUAAGGUAUUCAAAAAAAUAUGAAUUCCUAUCUACUUCCUAAUUUGCUAUUGUUGUAAAUAUUGACCGACCGAACAUAUAGCAUUUAAUUUCCAUGACUUUUAUAACGACGAGUUUAUUGUUAUAAUAGUAUUUAAACCGUUUAAGGUGUGGUGUACCGUCACUAUAUUUCACAUAAUAUUAUCGUUAUCGAAACACGAUUAUGCCAUAUAACUAACUAUACAUUAUUAUCAAACGUGCGUAACGUUGUAAAUUAAUCCGAGCAAAUAAUUUUAGACAUUGAAAUUGCGCGUAUUAUGAUCGCCGUAUAACAAUGAUUGACCCGUCCAGUAUUUUCCGUCUCGUUUAGAACGUAUUUAUAUAAUUAUUGUCACAUCUAAUAUCCAAAUUUUGCCACCCGGAGCGCGUGAAAACCUAAAAUUCACGUGUCAAUUCAGUUAUUAUAAAGGUCACAGAAUUAUGUAUGCAUUUAUUCGGAUCAUAUUAUUAUUAAAAUAUUGACAAAAUAUUUUAGUUACGCAAUAAUGUUAAUGCAUAUUACAUUAUAUUAUAACUAAUCGGUAUAAAAAAAAAAUGAAAAGUUAGUUGUAAUAUAAUAUAAUAACACCACAAUAAAUAAUUGUAUAUACAUUCUGAGAAAUGUUGUAAGGUUUUGAAAUAAAUGAAAAAGGGGACUCCAACAAUGUCCAACUGCAGGUGUAUUUGAAUAUAGUUGGAAGGUUUUUGAACGGUUUUGGUGUACUAUACAGUAUACGUGGAAUGCUAAGUGUUAAAUUAGCGUUACAAAAUAAAAGGUGAGCUAAUUAAAAAAGAGGUUCCAACAAAUUCUAACGACGUCCAAUAAGUCUGUCUAAACAUUGUUUUGAUGCGUUUUGGAAAAACACACACCCCUUAAAAUCACCCAUUAUAAAAUUAAAAGAGUACCUCUUUUCGUUUUGUUGAAGGCGCUUGAAGUCUAAAACCGAAAUCAAGCGGUUUCUAUGCGGUCUGCGCAAGGUGGAUUUUGCCUAUAGAACCCGUUGGUUGGACUGAGACAGCACGUGCGUGUACAGCGUCCUCUUUGGGGUUUCCUCGCGAAACCGCGCGCCGUCGUCACCCCCGGAACGUUCCGGUAAUGUAGUGGGUAGGACGUGUAGGUACCAUGUACACCGUGUUCCAGAAGUAUGCGCGCGGCGUCGAAAAAAAUAGCAGCACACCUUAUUAUGCAAUACUCCUACCGCAGUAUUUACUAUUGGUACACACGUGCGUGCUUCUUGAUUUUGUCGCGCGCGCGCGCGCGUGUGUGUGUGUAAAUAACAACACGGCGACGGGCGUAGUAUAAAUCACAGCCGCGAGAGCCCGUUUGCUCGUUACCGCGAGAAAAAUACGCGUAUUUAUGCACGGCCGAUGACGACGAGGUGUGCGCGCGAACGACGAGACGGCGGCGGUCUAUCGGAUGUCUUAAAUCAACCGGAGCGCAACCGCAAUGGUCUUGGUAGAGUUAAAAGGCAAACAAACAACGGACGACGACGCCGACGACGACGACGACGGCGGCCCGUGUAGCUGGCCGACGUCCAAACGCGCGAUCCGAAGUCAACGUUUCAAUUAUACGAUAUCACCAUAAUAAUAUUAUGUUAUUAUACAGGGGGUUUCCGAAACGAAUGAGGAAACGCUUUGUUCGAAGUGAACGCGCGUACAUACUUCCGGAAUGACGUUCGAAUGACGACAUUUUCGGGGAUUUUUUUUUCCAUCCCGUAUCUUGAAUGUACAAAAUUAAUAUAAUCAAAUCACAUUUCUUGCGAAAUUCGUCUGCGGAUCGAUGUGCGAAUAUCUGAGAUCGUUUUUACCCGCGUCAAAUAUUUUCAACGAUUUAGAAAUUGAACAUUUAGUUUAUUUAUAUUUACGAUUCGCGUUCUAAAUCAUCCAGUUAAAUAUGUAUAAUGGGUACUUUGCCCCCCUUUAAAGAUUACGACGGGUACUCAAGCUCCCGGGUACCCAUGUACAUGGGUUAUGCAUAAAAAAAAAAGAGCUAAUAUAGCUGAUGCACUACUGUUGUGGUAAUUGCUUACGAAAUAUGAUUCUGAGCGAAUUUCGAUUAUCCAUCCAUGGUUUGAAAUGCCGAAAUAUUUACGAUUUUCGUUAAAAUUUGAUACAAUUAUAAAAGAAACUACCACAUUAACUAGAUCCAAAAUUCAAUAAAUAUAAGGUCUCUAUUAUUUUAUCAUUGGAGCACGAUUUCUGAUAGAAAUGUUCUUUGCAGGUUUAUUACGAUUAACAAAAACAUCAAAAUAAUACUAUAUAACAACCAUGAUGGUUAUUAUUAUCAUACCAUCAUAAUAAUAGGCGUAUUUUGGUAAAUAACCAAAUAAAAAACCCGGGUUACUGUAUUUUAUAAACAGUUAUAGUAGACUUUAGUUACAGUUAGUCGUUUUAGCAAUUUUGGUUAUUACUUUGGUUGAAGUUACUGAAAUACUAUAAUCAAACAGAAAAAAAAAUUGUAUUUUGUUUAGUUAUUUAUAAAGUAAUAAUUGUAUAGAUAUUUAUAAACAAUACUUUUUUUUUCAUAAUUUUUUUUUUACGAUUAACAUUCUUAAUUUAACAUCUAAUUGGUUUUUUGAGUUUACUUCAUAAAAUCAUAAUAAUGGCAAAUCAAGUGGCAAAUCACAUUUUUAAAUUUCGUACUUAUGAUGUGCCUACAAAUUUAUUAUUACGUAUACAUAUACGUUUGAAAUUAAUGACAUACAGUUAUAUAACAUACAGAAUAAAUAAACACUAAGGCCUAAUAACUAAAUGCUUUAAAAUUAAAAUUAAUAUUAUUAUCAAUUAAUAUCGUUUUCAAUAACCAUACAAAUUUCGUUUUCACGAAUCUAUAUAACCCAUUAAUCAAAAUCAUAUAACCAUGUCCGGUAACGAAUAGACCCGGAUCAAUCGCCAUAACACGGCUAUAAAUAAUAAUAACGAUCGUAAUCAUCGAAAUUAUAAUAAUUUACGCAAGUGUGAUGCCGGCCUAAAUGCUAAAUUGAAAUGUAUUUUACGCCCAUCUGGAAAAAAAAAAACAUGUGCGCACCGGAAAAAAAACACACUGUAUACGGACACACACACGCGUGUGUAUUAUUGCACGCACACUCUUUAUCCACAAUAAUAUAAAAUACGUAUACAAUGCACGCACGUAUAGUUUUUUCGUUUUCUCACAUUUUUGUUUUAUUUUGUGUGGUUUUUUUUUUUUCGAAUUCGCGCGAUGUCCGAGACUACUAAUCGCUUGAUUACCGUAGUUAUACGCUUAUUGUAUAAAAUAAAAUGCAUUUUUUUCCCAAUCUUUAUUACGUCGUUUUUGGCGACCUCCUCUCUCGUCCGCCCGUGUACAAGCGACCUACGCCAUACCUACCUAAUAUUAUUAUUAUAUUAUAGAAUUAUGUGCCACAAAAUUCAAAAAACGGGUUUGUGCCGGCACGCCGCCACUGCCGUCGUCGUCACGGGGUGCAUAUGGCGAUGGCGUGUAGACUCGUCCGCCGCAUGAAAUAUUUUAUAUUAUAUUUUCACGGUCGUAUAAUGUUAUUUGUUUUGUGUGUCUGCGCGGUUUUAUGUCUGUCCGGGUGUGGGGUUGAAGAUUUUGAGGUUGAGACGGGAGCAUGUUUUAUAUUUUACCCGCGAUUGCCGAAGAAAAAAAAAAAGUUUAUUCCUUUUUAAAAUAUUUUAUGCUCGAGUUUGUAAAUAAAUCACGCGGACAUGAAACAUUACACGCUGUGCGGAAGCCGCCGGUGUUUAAUUUUGUUUAUCAUUUCGGUCGGAAAAAUGGAAAACACAAGUUUAUCGUCUCGGCCACGAAAUUAAUAUAGUAACAAAACCGAUAACGGGCUACAUGUAAAUUUAUAUACAAGAAAAAAAACAUUCGUGAACAGAUACGCAGAGCUCUUUCACUAAAAUCGAAUUUUCUCUUCGUAGGCAGUUUAUAAUUUGUUAGGUGUUCGAAAUUGAAUUUUAUUUUAUUUUUUUUAUGUACACAAUACAUUUUAUCAAUAACAAUAAUAAUGAUAUUUUAUCAUAAAUUGAUAAAGGUAAGAGUUGAAAGUGGAUAACACCAAAAGUCACAUUUUUAAUUCUAACGCCAUGCAAACGCAAAAGAUUUAUUCUAGGAAAAAAACAUAUACGAGUAUUUAACAGACAUAAAAUAGUGCAAUAGUUUUUUUGGGAAAAAGCAAUAUAAAAAAAGGAUGAAAAUCGUGAAAAAACAUAAAACUAACGGAGUUAAGACUGACAAAUCUAAACCCCAAAAAGCACAAACUGGACAUCAUUUAAAUUCGUAUACAAAAUUACAAAAUACCCCCUCUUUUAUUCAAAGGUUUGUAGUGUUGUUCAAAAUUUAAAAAAUAAUAAUUUAUCGACUGGAUUUGUUAAUCUUAAAAACUACUACAGAUGAUUUACGAUAUUAUUGCACAAUAUAUUUUAUGAGUACGUGUGUUUGAAAGGAUUUUUCGAACAUUUAAAGUGAAAUACCUAAUCGAAACGUCUUGAAUUUUGAAAUCGCCUAUUAAUGAUUUAGUUAUAAUGUUGUAAAUUCUGAUUUUUAAAGUCAAAUCCGAACCGAAUUUUUCUUAAAUUAACGAUCCGAUGCACCAACGCGCUUUCCUUUAAUACACCAAUUAAGGGGAUUUUUUUUGUUUUUGAAUCACGUGACAAAUGUAAUAAAUACGCUCACGAAUCACGAGGGGUUCCUACAGAAAUCUUUUCGAAUAAUCUGAAUUAUAAACACGUAAAGAACGCAAUAGAUUCAUAACGAGUAUUUCGAUUUUCGAUCAAUAUGCGUUCGGUGCGGUGAAAUUUUGAAUGGAAGUAAACUGAACUUAUUUAGUUGUUAUAAUAAUAUAAUGCAUUGCAAUACAAUAGAGAGACCGAGAUUGUCUACCUAUUGCGAAAACUAAUAGAAUAUUGGGAAGUUAACUGAAAUUUGUGUCACUAUUACUAACCAUUGUUAUAAAAUCGAAAGUCUAACGCGUACCCAAUAUUCAAUGCAUUAAACGCUAUAUAUAUAUAUAUAUAUAUUAAAAAAAAAAAAGUUUGCCUUUACCCGCAACUGGAUUCAAAUUAUAUUUCACACAAAAAAUUAAAAUAAUUAAUUUGAUUCUUCCUAAAAUAUUUAUCUAUAAAAGAUUCUGAACAAAGCGAGAAAUAAAUUGGUUUUACUAGGAUGUAUAAAUUUUUUUGCAAGUAUAUUUUCUGUCUAUGAACAAUUUUGAUGUGUUUCAAUCAUCAAUAAUAUGAUUUGUUUUUUUGUUAAUAAAUUGUGUCUUUUUUUUUUAUAUUCGUUUGAAUUUUUGGUUUUUAUGAAAAUCGUAAAACUCAUGUAUCUCAUAUCGGAUUCUUGAAUUCUUACCCGUAUAGUACCUACAGUGAUUUCAAUUUUGAAUGAACCUUUUAUUAUAAACAGUCAAUAUAGAUUACCAUAUGAUACAAUAUUAAUAUAUAAUAUUCGUUUUAAACGUGUUUAUGUUAUCAAAAUAAUUUACAUUAACGCUCUGCAAACCAUAUGGCUCAAAACAUAUUUAGAGUGUUAGAAUGUAACUUUGGCAAACACUACGCGCACACAUGCCAAUUCGUUAUUUUCUAAUUCCAGAAAGUGUUUAAUUUUGAUUUUAAUAAUUUUCAAAUAACAAUAUUAUAUAUAUAUAUAUAUAUAUAUAUAUUAAUAACAAUAUAUUAUUUCGGAUACUCAUGUUUCAUAGAUUGAAUAACUUGAACUUAAAAAAUUGUAUACAAAUUAACUUCUACAUUACGCUUCUUUUUUUUACCACUAAAUUCAUACUUAUAAAGAACCUCGAGUAAAAUCUUCAAGCAUUUCUGAUCAUCCAAAACAUUUGUAUCUACAUAAAAAUCAAACAAAACCUAAAAAAACACGAAAAUGUCAAAUACCAAUAAAUAAUUAAAAAAUUAUCAGAAUAUUAUAAAAAUUCCAGUGCACCUAGAAAAUAUCAGUAUAAAUAUUUUAUAAUUUAAUAGUCUUACAAUUAUUUUUAACAGAACUACAACAAAAAAAUCAAAUAGAAGAUAAUGAAGUUAUUUCCAUAAACUUUCUUGGUUUUUUUCUAUUGGAUUUUCCUAAUUAUUAUUCAAACUGUAUGAAAAAUUUAUAUUUAAGUUAUAAUUUGCUUGCAGAAAAAAUGCUACACUUGAUUUAAAUUAGGAUUGCUGGUAGAGAAUUUGUUUACAAACAGAUUUUUUUUUUUAAAACCAUCAUACACAAAUAUUUUACAAAAAUGUGAAAUUUUAAAAUGGAUUCGUUAAAAAUUAUUGUCACUUGUAUAUGAAACAAAAUUAUAUAAUUUUCGUUUCGUGUAUUACUCUUACAUUUACGGUAUAAUAUUAUUAGACAUUUUUUUACUGUAUUAUUAAUUUACAAAAAUAAAUUUGAAAAAUAAUUUAUAGUUUUUUAAUUGGGGUUUAAUUUAUAAUUGGCCUCGUCGAACUACGUGUGGUCUCUACAUAUAUUAUAUAGGUGCGAAAAACCGUUAAAUUGAUUAGACAUUUUAAUGACUUGUAUAUUAUAGUCAAUAAUGAGUGUUUAACGUAUGACACUGCAUUAUCUCGGAAAUUAUUUUUCCUCUUGUUCGGAAUUUUCUUAAUGGACAAUUUAAGAAACAAGGCGCUCGAUAAUAAGUAUCAAAUGUUCCAUUGCCCUUAUGUUCGCCUCAACCUUAUGAUUGGGGUGAAACCAAUAUCAUGUUUUGAUUUUCAAAUUUCAUCAUAUACUUUCAAGAACAAAUACCAAUAUAACUAUUAUUUUUAUUUUUAUUUAUGAAUUUUAGUAUUAAAAUUUGUAUUUUUUUUUUUUUGUCCACACGUUCGUUAAUUGUUCGUCUUCAAAGUUUUAGUUCAUUUUGUGAAAUAUAUUUUUUUGCCCAGUUUUACAGUAACACGUAUAUAUCUGUUGCGUACAUUUGUAUAUAAUUUACCAUAUAUACGAGCAGUAAAAACGAAUUUACCGUGGGUGACGUAGAAAAUACAAAAUAUGAGUGUGUAGCUUUUUAGCCAUAUAUGUUUAGUGAAUUGUGGACCCUCUCCCCGAAAUUUGUUUGCAGUUAUUUAUACUGUUCUGUAAGUUAUCACAAAUAUUUUCUGUAAGUAGUGUAGUUAUGAUGUCAGCUCGUACCCCCUUAAAUGAGCUGACUCAUCACUGAUACGUAACCGAGUGUAAAAUAUAGACAUCGUUGAGAUCGUAGGAUUUGUGUACCGCGGGGUUACUAUGACGGGACUUGGGUAAUAAUAUAAUAUAUAUUUAAUAUAGUAUAAUAGGAAAUUCCUCGUUUGACGGACACGCGUGUAUCUCACACACGCACACCGGCCGAUAUCGUCCUCCGAAUACGUAAUUUAAAAGAGACAAAAAUAAUGAUAUAUAAAUCAUAAUAAAAUAUGCCGCCUUAUCGAUUGUUUUUUUAUUUUUAUUGAUGUCGUUCGAACGCAUUUGUCAUUCGUGGUUGUUUUUUUUUUUUAAUAUUCAACACACUCGUAACACGGGCAACGUCACGGAAAUAUAUUCACUAUUCGACAUCAGAGGUCCGUUGAAUAAUGCAUGUCAAUAAUAUUCUAGUAGGCGCGCGCGCGCGUGUGUGUGUGUGUGUGUGUGUGUGUGUUUGUGUGUGUGAGCGAGUGCAAAGUAACAAACGGGGUAUUUAUACGUACCUAUAUAAUAUUACUCUAACCGUCCGUCCGCCUUGUUCCGGUGUGACGGGUUAAUUGAAACGUCCAAACACAAUAUAAAUGGAGCCCACAGGCCGUGUAAUACGCGUCUAUGAGUAUAAAAAAAAAAAAAAGUGUAAGCCGAACACCGCCCAAUAUAAUACAAUAAUACGUUGUUUACACGACGGUAUCCACGCGACUGCCGUCCGUCCGAAAACGAUACCUAAAUACUAUACUGCCAUACCUAUACGAGUAGACCUAUACUUAUUAAUAGGUAGCCACCGUUGUUAGUGGAAAGUUAUGAGAAGGUACUCUAGGUACCUUUAUUAUAGCGUAGGGUAAUUAUUUAGUUUAUAUUAUUAUUAUACCGCAGUAUAUCAUGGCACGAUAAUAUAAACGAUUCCGAACGGAGUCUGGUACAAAAUGUCUCGAACAAUUUAAUAUUUGUAACUUUAAAACGAAUUAUGUUUGUUUUUCAAAGAAAUGUAGGUAUCAUAAAUUUGAACUUGAGAAGAUUAUACAAAUUAAUCAAGAAAUUAUGCAAGACUUUUUACUCUCCCCUCCUAUGCACUAAAUACAACGUAUCAAAUUUUUGAAUACUUGUAAACAGCCGAAAAAGUUGAAUUCACAUAAAUGACAAAUAAACAUACGAGUUCGAGUAGAAGUAGUACGUACAAUUUUGUGAUUAAAAUAUAAUUAUUAAAUCAGUAUUUUUUAACAGUAGGUACAAAUUAUAUUUAAAAAAAAAUGCUUUUGUAGGAAAAAUCAAGUUUUGUAUAGGUGGGUAAUUUAAAACGUCGCAAAUAAAUAAAUAAAUACACAAAUUAAUCAAUUAACAAAAAUGUUGAACCCAAUGUGUAUUUUAAUAAUAUAUAUUGUAUGUAUUCAUUAAUGUAUUCAGUGUUACGAAAUAACUACUUAAUUAAAGUGAAAUAAAUAGUUUUCUUCCACUAGGUAAGUGUACAAUAUUUCUAAACAGUUUAGCUGGCAUUUAUAGAUAAUUCAUAAACUAUAAAUAGGGACUUGCCUAGUUAUUUCCUAAAAUAACGUCAUUGAACGCUGUAACAAUAGUAAAUAUAAUACUAACUAUAAAUAGAUAUUGUUAGAAAACUGUUGGAUUUUGUUAUAUAUUGAUAUACAUUUUUAUAUACCAACGUGUUUUCAAAUACUAGCCAGAAGUUUUUUCAUAUUUGUUUUUCGAUCCGAAUAUUUUUCAAAAAGUAGUGCAGACUGCUUAGUGCAUAGGACUAUAUUUGCGGGCAUAUUUGAAAAUAUUACGUAUGAGGAUAAACUUAAAACUAAAUAUUUUUUACAUUUAUUUCCAAUAAAUUAUAACAGAGAGUUGUCUAACAAUAUCUAAAUAGUCCGAGUGGGGUUUGUCGGAGAUGUUUUCGAAAUGUAUUUCAUCUUCACGUGACUCAUAACUACGUGUGCUUUCCUUAAUCGUCCAACUAUAAUACUAGUCUCGUUCACUCUUAAUCUCAUACUAAAUAUACGGUAGUGAAUUCCGACCUUUUUCGAAUUACGUCCCCACAAUAUUUUUUUCUCGUCUAAGACGAUUCGUUCAAAAACUGUUUAAUUUAGCUUAAAUACUACGAUUAUACAUGAUACUCAUAGUUUUUAGUGACCCCUAAAAUAUUACUCGUGACUCCUUUCUUCCCCUAGGUUUAAAACCACUACUAUACGGUAUCGUUAUUUUGAUCCUAAAUCUUCGGACUUUUUAAUAAUUAUUUAAUAUUUAUAUAUAAUGAAGGUGCCGCAUAAUAUACUACAUUAAUAUUAUUUCUGUUUGCCAGGCCGUAUUUGUAUUUUUAUUUCUACUUCAUAUUGAAUGUCUUUGAACGAACAUUUUAGUAUAAUGAAGCAAUUUUAAUCGGUAAAAUAUUAAUAAUAUGACAUUUUCUCCGUACUGCAAAAAAUUUAAUAAUACAAUCAAACCAGCCGUCGCCAUCAAAAACGAAAAGAUUAGAUCGAAAAAUAUGACCAAUUAAUAAAUACUAUAUAAUUUAUACAUUAUUUUUUGUUUAUAAUUAUUAUGAGGUAUUUCCUCUCGGAAUAUUAAACGCAAUUAAAAGGUACGAUUACGUUACAUAAGUGCAAUCACGUUUUUAAAUUCUUCACAAUUAUUUGUAUAAAAAAUUACAGCAUUUAACCAUGUUCCCCAUCUUGUAAUAUUAGGUUCAGGUGAUAAAGUUGUACCCGGCAUUUCUUUUCUGUAUUUUAUUUAUUCUCGAUUGUGCUUUUAGGAAAGCUUUUUUUCCUAAAUAACCUUUUUUUAACGAAAUAAGUUACACAUAAAUUUAAAUUUUAAAUAGACACUUUUUUCUCACUCGAAUUUUCUCUAGAACUCUAUUAACUGCAUGUGCCAUAAAUGUAAUAUGAAUUAAUUUCGGGAAAAAUAUUUUUAAUAUGUUUGCUGCUUUGAUCAUACAAGUACCAGCAUCACUAAUAAAAAGUAAUACUUUUUGUUCAAUACCAAGAAAUAUUUUUAACGAGGAAUUAAUAAACUGACAAAUAGUUUCUUAAUUGGUGGAUUCUAGUUCUUUACAUUCAAUUAAAUAUGAUUUACUAGGCGUCCCAUCUAAUUUACCAAUUUAUAAAUUUUGCAAUAGUCAAACCUAAACGAAAAUAGUAUAUUUUAUUAUAUAAGAAAUUGAAAAAAAUAUUUAUAUACAUUUAAACCUCUUGGAUCGGUUGUUUCGUCAACAAUUAUGUAAACGUAAUUAUUUCCAAUAUCACUAAUUAUUUGGUCCAUAACGCUUUUAUAAAUAUUUGGUAUGUAAUUUUUUCUUAAAGUGCUUUCGUUAGAAAUUGAUUUGUCAGUAUGUUUUUCUAAAAAUGGUUUAAGAAAUGAUUGCCCAGCUUAUGCAAAGGAAUAUUUGCAGCAAAAAAUGCAUUACAUAAUCUUCAAAAAAUACAUUUUUACUAUUCGAAUUUUGAAAAGUAAUCAAAAACGGUUUUUUUUAAAAUAAUAUGUAUUAUAUUACGUGUAGUAUAAGCAUAAACUAUAAAACUUACUUGUUUUGGAAUGAUGAUCUAAUAGAUAUUUUUUUUUAGUAGACACAGAUUUAUUACAUACAAGACAGUAUAUAACCUUUUCAUCUGAUGAAAAUACUUCUUUAUUUUAAUUGUGAGGAGCAAUCCAAUUCAAAAUUUUACUUUUUAAAGUUGAUUUUAUUUUAGGCAUUACGUCGAAUACAUUCACUGUGCGGUCAAACUGAUCAAAAAAUAUGUACUAAGGUACCAACAGGUAAAUGCACACGUAUCGCUGUACUACUACGUUGAAUUUAAUUACUACUAUAUAUAGACGCUUAUCGCUCACUGGUUAAACGCCUAUGAUUUAAAAAACUUGGUAUAAUUGCGAAAAAUUGCAUUAUAAAAUUAAAUAGCAGAAUAUUUUUAGUAUAUAUCGGCUAUAUAUUUUAUCAGAUCUGAUUUAUCUUUAUUGCAAAAAAAGUUACAAUAUCAAUUAAAUCCGGUCUUUACUUAUAAUAAUGUAGUAUUAGUUUGUAAACGUUUUUUUUUGUAGUUAUUAUCGCGUAAAUAAAUCCGAACAUAUUAAAAUCUCCGCGUGUAAAUUUAGUAUACUCGAAUAAAAAUGAAUAAUGGUUUUUAUAUUCUUGGAAGAUAAUAUUUCAUAAUUAUUAUUCUUGAAAUACUCAAGAGACCUUUGCUCACAAAUAGACGACCAGCCAGAUGUGACAUACAUUAUAGUUUUCAUGACAUUAAUUUAGUAAUAUAUUACUACUGUUUGAAAAAAUAGACUGUACAGAUAUUCAUUAAUCAUUAAUAACGUCCAAUAUUUUCUGCCAGCUCUUUAUCAGAAUAAAAAUCCAUGUGGUGAUGCGAUGUGAGAAAUUAUAGUGAAUCCCACCGUAAAACCAUCAAGAGUAUCACAACAAGACAUUAAGACAAUAUGGUCAAAUAUUUGUAUAAAUUAUUGUUAUUAUUUUUUUACGUUUCAUAAGUAGCGUUUCGAUAUUAUAUUAUAUUUUAAGAUUUAUGGUUAUUUCAAGAAAUAUAAAUAACAUCCAACAUUAUAAUAUUAAUAUUUCUAUUUUUAUACUAUUAUUAUAUGUAGGUAUUAUCCAAAAUUCCAAGUGAUUCUGAUUUCUUUACACAAAACAAAUUUGUAUAAAUAGCCGCUUGACUUUCGAAGGUAUCAUCAAAAUUGGUUUUAUAUCUUUACGUUUCCUGCGAAAACAUAACUCUGUGACUGGUAGUGACAUAAUAAUGUAUUCACCUCCACACGGUAAAAGCUUUUAAUCUGAACUAUACAUCGGUCGUCUUGAAAUACAAAAAAAAAAAAAUCUAGAAUUACAUUAUACACCAAACCUCGUAAUAUUUUCUGAUGAUAAUCUAACGCAUUACAUUCAAUAUAAUAUAUUACAAUCAUUUUAUUAUUACGUAAAUGUGUGUGAUAACCAUCGAUCAUAAUUAUGAAUCCUGAUUUUCAAACGUUAGAAAUAAUAAUAUGUACAAGGUAUUCUGAUGUACUGCUAUAUAUUAGAUACAAAUAUAACAUGAAGUGAUGUUUACAGAAUACUUUUAUUAGCUUUUUAUAGACGUGCUCAAAACAUUAUAAUGUUUCUUGAGCUGUGUGCAGCCAUCAUUUAACAUUUUUCAGUAUUUUUAAUAUUUUAUUUGAAUUCAAUUGUUGGGCUUAACAGAAAUGCCUGAAAAUUUAAUAAGAAGUUUUACUUAGUAGUCAAAAAAACGUAAUGUGGGAUUUUUAUAUAUAUAUAUAUAAGCAUUUAGUUUAAAUUUCGUGAAAACCGUGUUAUUUCUAAACAAAUUGCACCAACUUCAAAAUCUUUCUUCAAUAGCAAUAAUGAUUUAUUGUUGCAUGCACAUAUAAAUUAAAUAUAACUAUGUAUCCUAAUUUCCCAACUUUCCACCUACAAAGUGGUACAAGUGUAUAACCAUUAGCAGUAUUAGUUCAUUUUUACUUUUUAUCCUUAUAGGUUCAUGAUAAAUUCUACAUGAUAUCCAUUCCCAUAUUGUGUAUAAAGUUGUCAAUAUUUUAUGAUACCAAGUGUUUGAAAAUUGACAAAUAAUAUUCAUGUACCCACGGCUGGUGAAGGUUGCGAUCAAACGGUAUACUACAUUUUUAUUUUGUUUUGUUUUCAGUUAGCUGUUUUACAAGAAUACCCAAAAGAUAAAAUAGCUGGUCGAAUAACAGAUUUUUAUCAUCACUGUUCUUCUAAAAAUGUAAGUAUUUUUUUUUAUUUCACAAUUUUACAAAGAUCAUCCCGACGAUGGAUUGCAAAUAUAUACAGAACGUAUUUCAUUGUUUAUAGAUGGUUUUUUUUUUUUUAUUGUUAUUAAGAUGAUGGUUAAUUGAGCAUUUUUGAACAUAAAAACAUUGUUUUUAAAAACAUUUUUCUUACCCCGAAUGAGUAUGAUUUACCGUGAAACUGCCGACGAUGAAAAUUAAUGAACACUGUUUUAUCUAGAUAAUACAUAUCCAUUCGAAUUACUAUUGGUAUAAAAAAUGAUUUCUCCUUUUUUUUUUUAAUAUUGUAAAAAGGUUGAAUAUCAAUUGUCUUACAUAAGUAAAUUGAAAAUAAAUAAGUCAUAUCUUAGAUUAUGUUGUGACUUCCAUAAUGAAUACAAAUUCUAAAAUCGCUUAAAAAAUUAUUUAAAUCUUAUUUUUUUCUGAUUUACGCGUAAAAAUGUAUUUGAACAAAUUUCAUGAUUACAUUUUAAUAUUAGGUACGUGUGUUAAGAAUCGGGACUAAUUUUAAAUUCAUAUAUUUCAACCAUUUUUAAUUUUUCAAAAAGUCGUAAACGCGACUCACUUACGUAUUGGCAGUUGAGCCUUUCAUUCAAAUUAAUUUUGAAUUUCGAAUUGAGACAAUUUAAAUUUGAUUCAAAGUAAUGAUUUAGAAAGUUUUUAAAUGCAAACAUUUGAAUACAAACCCUAGUUUAUAUAUAUAUAUAUAUAUUAUCAAACGAGUUAACAAUAAUAAUAAUAUCCUUUUAAAUUAAAUUUAUUAUGCAAAUACUUACUUUAUUAUAAUUUAUUAAGUACGGUAAUAAAGUGAAAACUACGAUGAUAUCGUGUAUUUUUUUUUUUUUUUAUAUAUAAUAUUUCGGUCGUUAGAGCCACGAAAUUAUGUCCUCGCUUAGAUUUAAACCAGUUGUCGUGUUCGAAUAGGAAAAAAACAUGUACCUACACGAUAUUUUAUUUCCCCUUAAACAAAUCAAGUGGCUUAAAAAAAAAAAAAAACCAAAACAGGUUAUUUAAAAAAAAUUACAAAAAAAUAAAUAAACAAUAAUGACAUUUCGACUCAGGAUUUUAUUUAUCACUGUACGUGUACACUGCAGGUAGGUAUAUGCGAAAUCCGCUCAUAUUACCAUAAUACACGUAUGUUAUAUAUAUUUACAUGAAACUCACUUUAUCGCGGUGUCCAUGAUAAUAAUACUAAAAUGCUGUGUCGUAAAUACAAAUAUAAAUAUAUUAGAGUCAUUUUCGAGGAUUAAUUAUCGCGUCCCGGUCACGCUGGGCCAUGGCAUAUGCCUGUCUUGCACGUGUGAGUAACACGACCCGACACAUAUUGUACACAAUAUGGUCCGUUUAAUCCGACACCGGUACGCUCUCGCGUUAUCUCGCGGGGAUCCGACUCGUUUUCCAAAAUGUGUCUUUUUCCCCUUCGCGUCUCUCACGCGUGUAAUGUGCACACGUACACAAACACACACACACACACACACACACACAUAUAAAGUGAAUAUAUAAUUAUUAACGAUAUACAUAUAUACGUCUUCUGGGCUGAGAAACGAAAAGAAGGUAUAAACAUUUUUUUUUCCUUUCUUAUUCUGAAACCCCCCGCGCUGACCGUAUACAGUGUGUGUACAUACAUAUAUCUAAUAUAUUAUACAGUAUUAUAAGUAACGCAACGUGAUAAAUCGAUUUCUGCCACACACACACACACACACAAACACAUACGACGGGUGCCCUUAUAAUCUCGAUGACCACUUAUCCUUGUCACCGGUGUCGUGAUUUAAAAUAACACACUAGGCUACCUGCCUAUACAUACAGGUAUUUAAAGUAAAAACAGGCGUACAAUAUAUAUAUAUAUGUGUGUGUGUGUGUGUGUGUGUGUGUGUGUGUGUGUGUGUGCGUGUAUGCGUGUUAUAUAUUAUUGUACACAUAAUACUAUAUUCGUGUAUAUCGUAUAUUAUAAUAUACAUUUUAUGUUCGUGUUGCUGUCCGGCACGAGUGUGAUAUCUGUGUGUAUAAUACCUGCAACACGAAAAACGACGAUCGACUAUCAUAAAAAUUAAAAAAAAAAAAAACAAACACGACGGGAGUUCGCCUGUUUUUUGUGAUACGGGCACAUCACUCCUCCGCCGCCAUCGCCACUUUAAUAGGUACGAAUAAUCUAUCAAACGCGCGGGAAUAACCGUCUGCAUGUCGCAUCGACAAAUCAAUAGUGUGCCCGUCCUAUAAGAGUGCUUGUCGAUCGAACAUUUUAUCGUUUAAAUCGGUCCGUGACUUUUACGUUCUGGGCGGAACGAGUAUAACGUAUGGGGGGGGGAGGUGUCCGCUGUCCGUACUGCGAAUUCGUAACCUCUUUUGCGGUUACUAAAUAAUUCGUUCGAAACGUUUUUCUAUAGAUCCCCAACGGUUUUCUGAAAAUUGUUUUCGUAAACUGAAAAUAACGGUACGCCACCAGUUUUGCGCAGAUUUCUUCAAUCGCUACGGCUCGUUCAUGCAUUCCGUACUUGUGAUUAAUUAUUUUAUUUUAGACUACGAUCGUAGCGAGUUGGUUUUACAGUGCUGUUUAUUUCUCCUUUUUCUUUGUUCUGGUCUGUGGACACGUUUUUUCCUGGUUAACUUGCUCCGAUUUUUACGCGUAGCAACUCUUAAGAAAGCUCAAGUUGUCUAAAUUGCACUUUAAACAGGUCAUUUUUCGAUUUUCGUUGCCAUUUUUUUAAAUAAUAGCACUUAUUUGGGAAAAAAAAACGUAGGAAAACGUACAAUUUCACGAUUUCAUAAUUUUAUAAAAACAGGGUCGACGUUUUAUACUGGAAAAAAUGAUCUAAUCGAAAAAUCACAAAAUACCUUUUUGAUUUAAUUUCUUACGGUAAUAUCACCAAAACUUUUGAGCCACUUUAGAACUUAUAAGACAUUUUUGGGAAUUGUUUUCUGUAAUUCGGUUAUAAAUACACGUAGAGACUUGAAAAUUAGUCAUAAUACAUAUAUUUGACUUACCUAGACGUGGUAAAAUGUUCAAAAUCAUCGAACGACUUUUUUCCUUUUUUUGAUUUUUUUUACAAUAGUAUUUUUUAUUUUUUUUUUUUUUAUAUGUAUACUAUAGACCACUUUUAUCCUAGAAAACAUGCUCUGGUGUAGCACUUUUUCUGAAAGUCAAUUUUAUCUUCUUGGUAAAUACAUAGGUUAUUUUUUGAUUUUCAAAAUGGUAUUUAAAAUAAAAACGAUUAACUGGGAAAAAAUACGAUAUUUCACGAUUUCGUUAUUUUAAAUAAGAAUACCCACCACAUUUUCUAUUACAAAUAUGGCUCCAAUUUAAAAACGACAAGAGAUCAUAAUUUUGUUGAUUUUUUUUAUAAGCGUUUUGAAAUCAAAUUUAAACAAAAAUCGCAAAAAAAAACUUACGGCACUUCAAUUAUAUAUUACCAAACUGCGCUCGGAAUCAUCUUCCGUUAACAAUGGUUUAUCGUUGCUUACAGUACGAACCUUACAGUACAGAACCUUAUGUAUCUUACCAUAAAAAACUUCUCACCUACAACAGUAGCCGCCCCUAUCCCCAGUAUCAGCUCUUUAUUUUUUUGUGAUUUUGGGUUUCCUUGUAACACGUAUCAAAAUCAAAAAACUAAGUUAAACCAUUUAUGUUAUAUACGAUUUACUGUAAUCGAUCUAAUAGUUAACAGACAAAUUUAUAGAAGUCGUCUUCUUUUUGUCCAGAAUUUGGUUGAACCAAAUUAUUUUCCGCAUCUAGUAGUUAUUGCAUCAAACUGAUAUGUAGCGUUUAUUGUUUUACUCGAAACUAUUAAAAAGUUAUUUUUGACUUGACUGUUUGUUACACUGAGCCUUCCAUACGGCAUAAAACCAUUCUAAUCUCCCUCCUGCAACAAUGGCCUACCCAAAAUGCGAAUUUAAUGUCUUGUCCGGAUUUUUCCUUUUUCGAUCUAUUCAAUAUACGUAUGGUAAGUAAACCAAAAUAAUGCUCUGGGCCUCGUUAUUUCUGCAGCCCGUACAACACGACGCUUUUAUUUCAUUACGUUUUCUUCGGUAGUUCUGCGCCGAUAACGCUACUCGUAUAAAUGAUAAUAUUAACUGGACACUCUCCUCGACCAUUUACGAGCGUAUGGAACGUCUUUGUAUCGCGCUAAACUACCACGUGCGGUAGACGAUAAAAUAGUCGCGCAAUAAUAUUAUAAUUCUUACACGACGCGUAUACAGAUAGAAAUACAAAUGCGAUAAUCCAAAACUUUCAAAGUUCGGUGUACUUAACAUCUGGAAAGAAAAAAAAAAAUGUAAAAUGACAAUAAUUCCCAUAAUAAUAAUAUUUUGUUUCGCGGUCGGGUCAUUUUAAACGGGUGGGCAUAAACGUCGCGGGAUACGUGUAAUAAAAUGAAAUACCGCGCCGUAAAAUAACAACUCUCAGCGGGACAUUCGGUGUUUAAGACCGGCCGCCGCCGCAGACGAGCACCAUGACGUUUGCACGGGCUGCAAUAUGGGGAAGGGGCGGGGUCCGUCGUAUUACGUAGGUAUACCUUCAACGUAAUAUAAAAAUAUGUCUACAUCGUAAUUCAUUAAUCUACCUCAAAAAGAGUUUUGUCCGCGAUAAUAAUCUUUAGGCCCUUCAGCCUGCAAAAUAAAUAUAUAUAUAAUGAUAAUAAUAAAUAAAUAUACCUAAGUAAUAUAUAUUACAAAAAAAAAAAAAAUAAUAAUAAUAAUAAAAAAAAUACCGUCUUGAAGACCAAUGGCGAUAAAUAUUGUGUUUGAUUUAUUAACGGUAGGUAUCUAAUACCUAUAUAUAGUAUGUACCCAUGGCUAUUGCCGAGGUAUAUACCAUUAAAUAUAUUAUCUGCUCGAGCGGAAACAUUGUCGAGUAUUAUAUUAUAGGUAUACGCACCAAAACAAACAACAUUAUACUAACAUUUUUAUCGCGGUUUGAUAUCCAUUUUAUAAUUGUGGUGUUUAUUUUUUUCCUUUCUGGAUUUUCCGUUCAAACGUAUUUCACGCGUCGUCGAGAAUAUUAUAAUAAUUAAUAAACAAUUCUAUUGGCUAUUAAACGUUUACAAAACUCGACUGUCGAUUGUUCGAAAAACGUUUUCAAAUAGAUUCUGGGUUCGUCUCGAGGAUCAUUCGUGUCAAACGAUCCAAACUAGUGGAACUAUAGAAGGUCGGAGUCCCUCUUCUAAUGUUGUGUGGAAACAAGAUAUCUAAAGAAAUUUGGAUGAAAUAAGAUGAAAGAAUACAGACAUUCAAAUAGAGGACAUAAAUAGGAGCGAAUAAAACGUCCAAUUGAAUUCGACUACGGUGUACUCUUACCCUGGGGUGUGACUAACAAAAAUUAAGAUUGUUAAAGUUUUCUUAUUUUUUAUUUUUGGUACUCAAAUUAUUUUUUAUUUUAUUUUCUCUAUUAAAAUCAGUGAUAUUUUUGUUUUAAAUAAAAGCACAAUGCAGUAACUAUUAAGAACUAAGCUAUUUAAUAGUUAUUCUGAAAACAGUCUCAUAGAGUCGUGAGUUUUCUAUCUAUCUACUUCGCAAUCAGUCGUAUUAUGCUAAUCCAAUCGGGUACAAUUUAAGAACGUGGCUGUCAAAUCUUGACGGAUUUUCUAAUGUUAUAUACGUUAUUUAUUAAUGCUGUUUUCUGAAGAAGUAUUUUAAUAAAAUUUUUACAUAAUUAUUACAACCCCGAUAGAAAUCUGACAUUAAAAAUUACAUACCUGUCUCAUAAUAAUAUGUGAAUCAUUCAAAUUCGUAUAUUACAUACGCAACGAAAAUAACGAUAUAAUGUUCUGACAUGUUUAUUAUAAAAUAAGAUACUAUAUUACUGGUGUAUAUAGGCAUGGCAUCGUAUAUGUAUAUAUAACUGUAAGAUAUUUUAUACGAGAAUGAAUAAAAUAAAAAGUACUAGGUAGGUACCAAUUAGGUAUGGUGUUUACGAUCAAUAAAUUUAAAAAAGCACGUAGCAAGUAAAUUAAGACGGUUUGACAUGAAAUAUAAUUUUUUUUUAAUUUUUACUAUUUUACUCGUUAUUACCAUUUGCUAUUAUUUUAUAAUUUAAUGAAAUAAAAUCCACCACUACUUUUUAUUCUAUACAUGAAUGUUGUUGGCUUAGUUUUUAAAUAUGCUAAUUUUAACAUUUAUGAAGAUGACUUAAAACUAUAUUACAAUACUAAUUCAUUAGUUUAUGAUUCUAAAAUACAGGAGGACUUAUUAUUAUUUUAGAAAAAUAUUAAGGGAUGUUCAAAGCUAAAAAAAACCACCUUCUUUCCGCAACAACAUAUUGAAAUUAAACCCGACUAUUAUCAUUUCAUCAAUAAAAUAACAACUAACUCUAAUACCCGAGUUUGAGCUUAUUUUGUCCAGAUCGUUUUUUCUAGUCUUCUAGUAGGUGCUUGUUGUAGUCGUGAUUUUUUCCUUAGGUAAAAACAAAUGCACAAAGUUUUCAACGAGUAAGGUCGCUAUGUUAAUUUCUGUUCAAUCAUUUUUGUUCUCAGGUCCGUCACGUGGAAUGGUGUAUGUCGUCUUCGGCUCAAGGUAAGUCCAACAUAUACCUACGUAAACUAUACAUAUACUAUUAUAGUAUGACGGUGGAUUUUAUGCGGAUAUAGGUAUUCGGCUCCAUGUGUCUGCAGUAUAAAACAUACGUAUUUAUAAGCGACACCCGAUAAUACGCACGGUGUAUUAUUAUUAUUAUUGUACAAUGUGUUUAAUUAAAUCAUCGGCCGUGUGUAAUCAUUUUAAAAGCAUAUAAAAUGUCGAGUUUCGUUAACUAAACACACGGUACCCACGACACUGCCGACACGCGGAUGACGUGGUGCGCGUAAAAUAAAAUAAUAAAAAUCGAAUAUUAUAUUGGUCGCUUAUAAUAUAACAAGUGAAUACGUUUGUAAUCGUGUGCGCAGAUACCGAGGUAAAGUGGCUGGACGCGGCGAGGAAAUGCUGCGACGUGGCCAGGUCGGAUGGUUGCCAACUGUCUUGUUUGGACAUGAGUGCCGGGUACAAGUCGGUGCAAAGAGACUGUCAAGACGAAAUGGAUUUCUUCACUUGUUUACAACACCAACAGGUAUGACCGUUCAAAUCAAUAAUAUCGUAAUUAAUAAUAUUGUUAUAAUCAUUGUGUUUACGCACUGCGCGUCGUUGACGAAUAAUUCCUGUAGUCUAUACACUGUGCGCGCGUAUAUACCUAAUGGACAGGGCCGGAUUAGAUCCAAUCAUAGCCUUAGACACAUGUUUGUUAAUAGAGUAAUUUGUAGAGUAUAAUAAUCUAAAUGAUCCACCCAUAUCAUGAAUCCAUAACCAACACAUAAGCUGUACAAUUACCUUGUACCGUAGUAUAAGUGAUUUAAAUUUCAGAAUUCAAAAUCAUUAUAUUACGUGAUCCAUUUUAUCCCUGUUAUUAAGAAACGACGAGAAAAAUAAAAAAUAUCCUCCUCAAAACCUACCCAACUCCGUUUUUGGAGGAAACCUUUUCGCUUUCCGCCCCCAUUAAGGGGCACUAGUUAGAUAACCAAAACAACAUUAUAUGUCUUUUUAUGUAAGUAACAAGUAUGUUGUACUUUAUAAUGACGUGUCUGUGUGCAUUCCCAACACUGUCGGUGUAUUUCUACUCUUUUUGUUAUACAUAAUGUAAACUCAUUCAGAAACACCAUGAAAUUAUCUCAGUACUCUAUAUGCAUUCUAUAAUUAAAAAAAGUUAAUUUUUCAACAGUCGUAUUUAAUUGUUUAACACAAUAAUUUCGGUUGUGAUUUUUCUAAUGUAGUUUGUUUAACACUAUAAACGGCCCGAUUAAAAAUCGGUUAAAUCAAUAUUCAGAAUUAUUAAAUUUCGGAUCACCCAAUUUAUUGGGAAAACCAAAAUUUCCGGUAGAAAAGUUGAAAAAAAAAUUAAUAAUAAUAAUUAUCGUUGUAAAACCAUAAGCUCCUUCGCUCCGUUCAGAAUCUGAAAUAAUCUUAAAAAGAUUACUCAUUAUAACGUCAUAACGGAUCGGGUCGACGGCAUUUUUCAGGUCAGAGACACGUGUUGCGGCGACGAAACGGACGCGGCGCAGUGCCGGAUUGCGUGCGAGAAAUUCCUGGCCAACACGCCGUCCAUUAACCGACACGCGGCCAACCAGGAGAUCCUCGACCUGUGCCCGGGUGACCGGCGUGGCGCGCGUUCUGCUACCUUCACGGUGCUCCCGCAUCGCGGCUGUCCGCGCAACGCAACCGCCGCGCGACCGUCUGACGGACACGAGUGUAAGUGGGGCCCGCGUGUACCGUGUCGUUAGGUUAGGUCUGGUCCAGUUACCGGGGUCCAAGCUCGUAUUGAUUAAACGGGACGGUGCCAAUGGGCGUCAGACGUCAGUCAACAUUUUGACUUUGCGGUGUAUGCCACUGAUAUACUGAUAUUGUACCGAUAAUGAGUCAAUAAUAAGUUGACGGGUGUCUAAAUUCGGCGCCGUGCUCUUUUCGCCCGUGCGUUUUCGCUCAACACCUUUUUCGUGCUAUUUCCACCCGCUAUCAUAAUUUUUGCCAGUUGGAAUUAUAAUUUAAGUUGGACUGUCCGUUGAAUAUUUAUAAUUAUUCAUAAAUUAUAUACAAUUGUCAAAUUAUUACAGUUUUGAUUCUGAUUUCUAAACAAAUGAUAAAUAAUAGGUAUAGUUGUAAAUUAUAUUUCACGUCAUUUUAUUUCCAUCAUAAUAUUAUAUCAUCAUAUAUAUAUAUUUUAGCUAAAGAAUAUAUUGAUUUCAUCAAUAGAAGGCUAUACGCUUGGAGUUCGUACCAGUAUUAGUCCGAAACAUUUUUGUAAAUCAAUUCUAUUCUUCUUUCUUUUUUAUCGGCAAACACAUUAAUAUCUUUUUCAUUAAAAUUAGAAAUAUUAUUCAUCAUACUUUUUUCAAUUGAUAACAUGGAUAAUGCUGAUAGCCGAUCUUCUGACAUAGUGCUACGCAAAAAAGUUUUUAUCCUCUUCAGUGUAGAAAAUGAACGUUCCGCUUCAACAGUAGUAAUGGAUAUAGUUAUAAUAACUUUUAAAAAUUUGGAUGCUUUAGAAAACGUAUCAAGUAAUUGAUUUUCUAUAAUAAAUUUAAGUAAAUUUACUGUAGUCGACAUGUUUUUAAAAUCAGUUCGUUUAUAGAUAACUUGUAGCUCAGUUUUUAAUUUAUAUUUAUCUAAAAAUUGGUAUGCGUCGUUGUAACUCGUACAGCCAUAGAACGUAGACCAUUUCUUCUACGCCUACGAUCUACGGCGCUUCCCUAAUAUCUGUACAAUGUUUAAUGAUAAAUAAAUUAACAAUAAGUACACAAAAUAAUUUUUAAUUUUGUGGAUUAAAUUAAUGCCUUUCAAAAAUAUUAUAACGUAAUAAUAUUGGUCUUAAACAAUUUAAUAUUCUUGAAAAUUAUAAGUGGUGCACAUACUCAAGUGCACCAUGGCACAAGCCGCCACUGGUCAUAUAGGUAAAUUUGUAGACUCCCCUGCAGCACCGCUGUCUAUCUUAUACAGUGGUCUUCGAUGUAUUUUCCGAGGUUUAUUUUUUUCACGGAGAAAUUAAUAUCAUUUCAUUUCGCCUGUUAGACUUGCACUGUUGCAAAUUGGCCACGGACGCUGCGUGUGAAGCCGCCUGCCAGGAUAGCCUGCGCAGAAAGUUUGACUCCGACGUCGAGGCCGUCGAAAGUUUAGAAGGUGGAGGAUGUGGGCCGCCUUCGUUGGAUGUAAGUUUCACAAUAAAAUGCGAUAAAUAUCUAAUUUGUCACUAUUUCGUACCUCAUACAAAUUAAAAAUCAUUGACUUUGAUUACAUAUGUAUAGUGUGGACACACAUAGUGUUUUAGUUUGUCAGAUUUAAUCGGUCAAUAUACGUUUCAGGACCGGUUUUGGCAAUGUUUCUUACAAAGCGAACGAACCGAGCAAAAGGAUACAUCGGCGCCAGCGCCUAUGUCCCAAAUAGAGAAACUCGGAAUGGACAGUGUAAAACUUCAUUGUUGCGAUAAGGCCUCGACACCAGGAUGCCGGAAACUUUGUCUGAAGACGUAUACAAAUGAAUGGUCUUCGUCUUGGAACUAUUUUAAUUCCGAAUGCCUUUUGAAUCCCAACAAAGAUCAAUUACUCAAGUGUAUAGACGACGGUAAGUACCACCGUAAUAUUGCGUUAUAUAUUAUAAUUUAUUUCUAUUUUAUUUAUCAAAAAAUACGAAAUAAUGUUCACUUAUAGUCUACGGUGUUCAUCUAUAAGUUUAUUAUAAUUAUACCGAAAAAAUAUACCGCGAUUACUUUCACAACACACUGAAAUACGUUUUAAAAAAAAUAGAUUAACUAUAGUUGAUAAUAAUUUGUUAGUGUCAAAUCUAACAGUUAAUUAAACUUAACUAACGGUCAAAUCAGAUACGUCGAAGUCGAGAACUCUCGUCAAUCCGUCGCGAUCUUUAAACAAUCACAAUGACAUCCGUCUGUAUAAUGUCCGUUAUAGUGGAAGAGCCGUGCGAUUUGGGCUGCGAGGGCUUGAACUAUUGUACGGCGUUCAACAACCGGCCCACGGAAUUGUUCCGGAGCUGUUCGCCGCAGACCGACGACGCCGCGCACUACGACGUCACACUGUGGCGUCAACGCGGCACCAUAAACUUGUUCAACUACGAUUUGCCGCUGAAAAACAUCACCAGGUGUAUGCCGGACAGAUGGAAAGCCGUCGCUUGUGUCCUACAGAUACGACCGUGCACCAGGGAAUCGCACGUUGAUAAAAUUUGUCGGCAAGUAUCCUAUUAUCUAUGUAGCCUAUACCAGUGUUUCUCAACCUGGGUUCGCUAAAAAUAUAUAAAUACGGGGUCGCUAUAUAUAAAAUAUAAAUUUAAGGGUAGCUAAAAAAAUCAAAUAUUUAUUUAGAGGGUUGCGACAGUAAAAAAGUUGAGAAAUACUGAUCUAUACCAAUAACCGAUAAGACGCAUACGAGUUUUUACAACAAUGAUAUUGAAUAAUUUACUGGAGAUUAAUUUCCCGGAAAAAAAAUUUACGAGAAUAAUUUAAUACAAAUAUACCUUGGUAACUAAAACUAAUUUCGUAAAAAAUAAAAUGUAAGAAAUUUACGAUGGUAGAGGAAGGAUAUUUGGGACAAUUUAAUUGAUGGUUCUUACAGUGUUGAAUCCAGACAAUUUGUCUGGGGGAGGUGGGGGCAUUACUAAAAAGUAAAAUUAUAGUAAUUACCUUUUUUGCUUAUCUAUCUACACUCUUAGUCAAAAUUGUUUUAUUAUUCAAUAUCUGGAUUCCACACUGGGUACUUGAAACAUUAAUGAAUCGAACCAAAUAAAAACUGUUGAUGAGAGCUCUAGCAGCUCCAAAAUUAUCUCUGAGCCUAUACUAUUUGAAAAUAUAUAAAAAAAAAAAUGUCAAAUAAAGUACCACAGGUGCAUCUUUGGAGGUAUAACCGUGAACAUAUUUGAACAUUUUUCUGAGCAUCUUAUAUAAUAAAAGCUUCCUCGUAUCUGUUAUUUAUCUAUUAAUUUACAAAUAAUCGUGGACCGUGCCGCCGUGGUCCAAAUAAUUCCACUGUUCUAAAACUUAACUUAACAUGUUCUACGAUUACAGAGACGACUGUCUGGAACUGUUGAGUACAUGUUUGGACUGGACGAACAUGGUGCCGGGGCUGUCGGCGAACGCAUUGUGCGCCAGGCUAUCGCCCGAUUCCGGGCCGUGCGUGUCGCUCGAUGCGUUCACAGAACACGUGGCACCUCAACAGCAGACGGCCGUGGCUCAGGUGACCACGCCAUGCAAACGGAACACGUGUGGGCCCGGCACAAUUUGCUUAGUGAACCGCGGGUGUCGGAUAGGGAAUGCGUGCAAGCCGUACCGAUGCGUGCCGGGCUGCAAGGUGGGCGAAGUGUCGCACUACCUCGUGCCCGAAGACUCUUACGCCCGCAUACCCACGUUCAACGGACAAAAGGGUUGCGUGAAAAUAUGCCUGUGCACAAAGAAGGGCAUCGAAAAGUGUCAGCAAACAAUGUGCUCGCAGAUACAAUCUUGUUGGUUGGCCGGCAAACAAAUCGGUAAGAUUGGUCGUUUACUGUAACUGCGGCUGCAGAGGGAUUGCAUUUGAACAUUGAAAUAUGGAAUUUGUUUUUACCUCAUUCGCCGUCGAUUUCAGCAUAUUGUAUAUUUACGACAAUAGUGUUUCUCUUAUCAUUCUAGAUCAUGGCUCUACUUUCGCAAUGGAUUGCAAUACAUGCAACUGUUUCGCAGGCGAGAUCACGUGUACGAAAAAACAUUGCGAAUCGAUGGCUACCAACGCUUUGUCCCGUUACAGGCACACGGGUCUACCGUGUAACUGCGCUCCACACCACGUUCCGGUUUGUGGCACCAACGGUAACACCUAUCCAAAUUCGUGUUUGGCGAAGUACGUUUUAACAUUCAAUCGACGGUUGUCCGGAUUUUUAAUUGGGUACCGGCAUUAAUGUUUUAUUUUUUUGCAGGUGCGCUGGACUGUCGGACAUGGACCUCAAGUUCGGGCCGUGUUGGAACGUCGAUCCCUGUGCUGACAACCACGUGUGUCGAUCGGGCGAGAGGUGCGUGGCCACCCGUCAAGUGUGUUUGUCCAUGUUGAAAAAAUCUUGCGUUCAAUAUAAGUGCGGUGAGUAUCGUUACGGCCGCUGCGGCGCCAUUUCACGGUUUUUUUUUUUUUUUUUCAAAUAUUCGUGCUUUGCACAGAACAAAUUGAUAUGGUUAAUAUUAUGUCGGAUGAAAAAUGCCGGUUUCCUCGAUGGAUACCAUUUUACGAUAUUUCAAGUGUAACACGAUUAUCCGUGUACCAAUUUGAAAUAUGCAUUUGUAUAACUGCAGUAGUAUAUUUGUCGCGGUAAUCGUUUCUAAACGAAUACUUACUUGAUGGCUGAUGUAAUUUUAUUGUGCUGGUAUGCUACACCCGUACGCGUCAUACACUAAUGGACACGUCAUAUUAUGUGGUGCAGUUUCAGAAAAAGAAUCGUGCGAAGAUGCGCCCAAGAGUCAAGUGUGCGACACGGACGGCGAAGAACACCCGAAUCUGUGCCAUCUCAUACGAUCAAACAAAUUGCUGUCGUACAACGGCCCCUGCUUGGUAGUAACGCGCACUAUACAAUUAUAUAAUAACGAACGUUGAAAAUUACGACGUUGGCAUUUAUUCCGUAUUUUUAUUACGUCCUGUUGGCAGGUGGGGUGCAAUUUUACGGGACAGGUGUGUGGUGUGGACGGUAACACUUACCCGUCGGAGUGUGCCGCCUUUGCAGAGUCGGUGAGUGUCGACUAUGCGGGUCCGUGUGCGUCGUCCGGGCUCAUCGGCUACAACGGGCAGCCGUAUUGUGCAAAGGGCGUAGUAGAGUGUCCUAGUUUGCCGCAGCAAGAAUGUCUGGGCAUUACUCCACCGGGUGCGUGUUGCCCCAAGUGUGCCGGUGCUCUGCGUAUUCUUUUCAGGUGAGUAGGUUAUACCGUAGUAGUAAGUGUACCCAGGUCGAGCCGGUACGCCGUCUGUCUAUAUUUUUCUGGGUCUGCCUGCACGGGGUAAUUUUACUUGAGUGUUCCGUUCAAACAAGGUCACUCGUACAGUGGUUCAUUUUGAAUGUGCAUAUAAUAUGACAUGUCUAUCUGCUGAACCCUUUGGUAACACUGGCCCCGUGUAAUAUAAACCAUAAGCUCCGGAAUCCGUACCAAAUAGUUCCUAGUUAUAUUCGCAUGCGUCAACUACCCAGAGCUGCGUCAAAAAAUAUUACUAUAUGACCCCUAUAAUUAAACCGUUUUUGGGUUUGCAGUCAGAAACAAGUGGACCGGGUAAUAUACAUGCUAAAAAGGCCGGCGGCGAACGCACUUAGCAUGAAAUCAGUGCUCAGAGCUUUGGACAGACACGUGCAGGUGGCCGAAUGCGUUGUCCGUGGACACCUGACAAUAUACCAGGACAUAUUGGUGCUCGUCGAGUCCACGGUCAAAAACCCUUCUAAGCUCCAGCUUGAAGCUUGUCUGAGAGAGUCAGAAAAACUGUCUACGUUAGUGGAGACGUCUAGUCCUCGGGCCAUGUCCGACCUCAGUCUCAGCACGUUGAUCUCGGCCAGCCCCGUACACGAGCUGGUCACUAACAGUGCCAUCACCUUCCGGGUCAAUGCCAUGUUCACCACCAUCGUAUAUUGUAUUGUGGUUUUGACAUUGAACAUUCUUUAA